AUGGCCGACGCGGGGAUGGCAAGCGGGCAGGUAACCUCUAAGCGAGGUUUUAGCGGCUGUAGCUCUCCGUCGAAAAGUAUCCACCUCCGUAUGAGCUUGCUGUUGAAUCGUAGCCUCGCCAAGGUGGGUGGUCGGGGUGGAUUAUCAGCGAACGACCUGGAGGCUAAUCUAGCCCAUUUAUCCCUUCGUGCGGUUCAACCUGUCAAUGUAGAGGUCCGGGAUCUGGUCGUCCGCGUUGAUACAACCCCGCCGAUAUUUCAAAGUUCCCCACGAUUUCUCUGGAACCGCAUCCGAUGCACGACGGACAGCCCUAUCAACUCGGCUGUGAAUGCAAGUCGUGUCACAGACGUCCUGCGCUCGACGACUUUCAAUGGCAAUGCGGAUAUAAACUCCAUUCGCAGCGCGCUUCCCCCCCCGACUACCCAAGAGGAACGACGAAGUGUUGUCGAACAAGUCAUUCUGGAACUGGGCCUGAAAGAAUGUGCAGAUACCCGGGUUGGAAAUUCUGCUCAUAAGGGAUGUAGCGGAGGAGAGAAGAGACGCACAAGCAUAGGUGUUCAAAUGCUUGCGAAUCCUUCUGUCCUCUUCUGUGAUGAGCCGACAACGGGGCUGGAUGCUACAAGCGCCUUUCAGAUCAUCAGGACACUAAAAGGACUCACACAGGAUGGAAGGACAGUUAUAAUAUCCAUCCACGCUCCUCGAUCUGAGAUAUGGGGUCUCUUUGACCGUGUGGUGCUGUUAUCACGGGGUUCGGUCCUUUAUAGUGGAGCCGCAGACGCCGCCAUACUUCAUUUUGCGGAAUAUGGCCAUCAUCUUCCUGCUUUUGUCAACCCAGCAGAGUUUCUAAUCGAUUUGGCAGCAUAUGACAAUCGAUCGGAAGAAGCAGAAUUAACAUCAUCUGUUCGCGUUGAAGCAUUAAAAGAUGCUUGGAAGGAAAAGGCUAUUACAGUGGCGGUCGAUGAUAAAUCUGAUCUGCAGGUUCCCGUUGAUCGACGUGUGUUCAACAUCCUACCAUCAAAGAAUGUUGAUUUUCGUCGACAGUUUCGAGUGCUGACGGCACGGACCUUUAAAGUAACAAUAAGAGACCCCAUGGGAGUUGCCGGGAGUUUCUUCGAAGCCAUUGGUAUGUCUGUCAUCACCGGCUGGAUUUUCCUUCGAUUGGAUCUGAGUCUAGCAGGAAUACGGUCCCGACAAGGCAGCCUUUAUAUUGCCAGUAGUUUAAACGGCUAUUUGAUUCUGCUCUAUGAGACUUUUCGACUUACCACCGACAUCCAAGUUUUCGAUCGAGAGCGAAUUGAAGGUGUGGAAUCUCAAGGCAUUUUCCUGGCGCUAGUCUGGUAG